AUGGCAGUAUUAUUGCUGAAUAUUUCUGAUGCUUACAAACAAAAAACUUAUUCCAAUGAAAUCUUCCGAGCACGUCUGUUGGAUUUAUUAUCUGAAGCAAAACAACGUGGAUUAUUAAACGAAAAUUCAGAAGAAUCACAGGAAGAAAUACAAAAACGUAAAACAAAUUAUUUCGCAGAUGAUGAUAGUAAUGAACGAUCACAUGUUCGCCGUAAAAUCGUUGGUUUAUCUGAUGAUCCAAUUUAA